AUGGCGGCACUGAGCAUUGAAAAAGACUUCGGGGUUCCAAACAGAAAGAGACUGAUAAUCAAGUCGGAGGCCUUUUCAAGAGUAUCAUCUGAAAUUGAUGAGAGUAUAUCACCAGCUUUUGACCCAGUUGAAGUGGCUGCUGCAGUAGAGUCUGCAAUGUACGAAAGAAUUGGGUGGUCUAACCCAAUCAAGAAGGCUAAGUAUCGAUCAGUCUUGUUCAAUCUCAAAGACCCAAAGAACCCGGAUUUGAGGCGAAAGGUUCUUCUUGGAGAGAUCAAGGCGGAGACCCUUGUAACCAUGAGUGCCGAAGAGAUGGCCAGCGAGAAAAGGCAGCGUGAGAACAUUCAGAUAAAGUUGAAAAAGUUGAAGAGGUGUGUGCAUGAUGCUGAUGAAGAAGAUAAGGCCACCACUGACAUGUUCCAGUGCAGCCGGUGCCGCGAGCGCAAGUGCACCUACUACCAGUUGCAGACACGGAGUGCCGAUGAGCCCAUGACAACCUAUAUCACUUGCGUCAAAUGCAACAAACGCUGGAAGGUUUAA